AUGGUGGGAAAGCAAAGCAAGAUACUGGACAAUGUCACUCCAGAGUUGCAGACCAUGACUUUCUCCCACGAUGCUACUGCGCCAAAGGAAAUACCCACGGAGGACGGGAAGUUGCACAGGGUGGCUAGGCCAUUGAGGCAUGUGAAGUACAUCCCGUUGAAGGCUCUCGUUUUCACGACAAAGGACAGUCCGCUGGAGUUCACUUACGAAAAGAAGAUCAAGACGCCGAUCUCGAAGAACAAGCUCGUGGUGCAGGUGAGCAGCGUAGGAUUGAACCCGAUUGACAUGAAGAUCAAGAACGGGUACACUAACACACUGUACGGCGAGAUCGGCCUCGGGAGGGAGUACUGUGGUGUCGUUGCAGAUGUCGGCAGCGAAUUGACCUCCAAAUGGCACACGGGUGACAAAGUCAUGGGGAUAUACUACCACCCUCACAUGGGGGUCGGUGCUUUGCAAAGUUCUAUUCUUGUGGACCCGAAAGAUGACAUUAUUGCGGCACAACCAAAGAAUAUUUCCGAUGAUGAGGCUGCCGGGUCACUGUACUGUUUGGGGACCGCUUACAAUAUACUGAGCAAGCUGGAAAGGAACAAGCACUUGCGGGUGGACUCGAACGUGCUCAUAAACGGUGGGACGAGCUCUGUGGGGCUCUUUGCGAUCCAACUGCUGAAACGUCAUUUCAAACUGAACAAAAGACUUGUCAUCGUCACAUCGAGUAACGGCCCGGAAUUGUUGAAAGAGCAGUUCCCGGACCUUGACAGGCAGAUGAUAUUCAUCAACUACUUGGCCUGCAGAGGCAAAUCAAGCAAACCGUUACGCAAGAUGCUCAAGGAUGAGCAAAUAGCAGACUACACAGACGGGUCCGUGGUGGACAACGAGGUCCAACUGGAGUAUAAGCAGGGCAAAUUCGAUAUUGUCCUCGACUUCGUUGGUGGGUACGAUAUAAUAUCGCAUUCAUCCUCGUUGAUACACGCAAAGGGUGUCUACGUUACCACCGUGGGGGACUACGUCGCCAACUAUAAGGAGGACAUUUUCAAUUCCUGGGACAACCCAAGCGCCAACGCGAGAAAGAUGUUUGGGAACGUGAUAUGGUCCUUCACUUACCUCCACUAUCACUUCGAUUCGAACCCGAAGCACGCAACGAAGAAUGACUGGGUCGCCAAGUGUACAGACUUGCUCAACGACGGGACUGUCAAAUGUGUGAUAGAUAAAGUGUACGAUUGGAGGCAGGCAAAGGAGGCCUUCUCGUAUAUGCAAACACAAAGGGCACAAGGUAAGAUAAUCUUGAAAGUGGAGAAGUUUUGA